GGUAAGAGACCUGUAGUUUCACCAGGACACCCUUUUGCCGAGGAUGUCUUAGGAGGGGAUUUGCCUAGCAACUUCAGGGAGUUGAGCUUGUCCUAUGAUGGAUCGGCGGACCCAGCUAGACACUUGAGAUCGUUUGACAAUAUAGCUGUGUUGCACAGGUAUAGUGACGCUGUGAGUUGCCGAGCCUUCUUGACAACGCUAAAGGGGUCGGCACAGGAUUGGUUCCACCAGCUGCCAGCAGGGUCUAUCGAUAGCUUCGAAAGGUUUAGCUCUUUGUUUUUGAACCAGUUCGCGAGCGCCAGGAAGCACGAAAAGACGUAUCUCUCACUAAUCAAUAUGCAGCAGAAGGAGAGGGAGACCUUGCGGCAGUAUGUAGUGCGGUAUACCAAAGAGUGCGUGGAGGUUCCCUCUGCCUCGGAAGAGAUCAAAGCUGGAGGCCUUACGCGGGGGUUGAGGCCGGGGAAGUGCAGAGAUUCGUUGGCGAAGAGGCCGGCAAGGUCCUUUGACGAGUUACUUGAGAGGUGUAGCAAAUAUGUGAACAUGGAAGAAUCGGAGGUGGACUUCAUCCGAAAUGACAAGACAAAGGCCAAGCAGGGUGACAAACGGAGGAGAACUGAUGAGCAAUCUGACAGACCAAUUAAGAGAGGCAUAAUACACAUGAUCGCGGGAGGUCCUACGGAUGGAGACUCGCAUAGGGAGAGGAAGAGGACUUACCGGGGAAAGAGUGUGGCAGGAGAGGUGGCCGAGAUGCAGGUGCAGAGAAGCUCGGCCACUUUGAAGUUUGGGGCUGACGAUGUGCAGGGGCUUGUUGUCCCACAUAAUGACGCUUUGGUCAUCACUGCGGAGGUGGCCAGUUACGAUGUGCAAAGGGUGCUCAUAGACACGGGGAGCUCAUCAGACAUCAUUUUCUUGAUUUGUUUGCAGCAGAUGGAGUUAGAUGUGAAAGUCGAGCCAGUCCACACUGCUCUCUAUGGCUUUAGCGGCAGUGAGGUUCGCCCCGUAGGCGAAGUUAGCUUAACGGUGGCGUUAGGAAGAUCACCAUUGAGAAAGGUGAAGAUGGUGCGCUUUCUGGUCGUGGAUGCUAGCUCGGCCUACAACAUCAUACUGGGUCGACCUACCUUGAAUUCGUUCCAGGCAACGAUUUCCACUUAUUGCAUGAAGAUUAAAUUCCCUGUAGGAGAUGAG